ACAAUACAUUCUACGCACCCGCCAAGUUGUAAAAAAUUUCAGGGCGCAUGUGCGCAGCCCUUCCAGAGAAAGAGCCGAAUGAGGGAGAUCUUUUCACGCACAGAACUCGGAGAAGAAUAUUCCAAACACAUCCCUCCGAAAUGGCCGACUCACCGAACACCGUCUCUACAGAAAACGUCAAGAUGUUAGAAAAAACAUCCCCCACCGAAAAACCCCCUGCCAGCGAUGUCAUCUGCCUAAAACCGAAGAUGACUCUAUUAAAUGGGAUAACAGUUAUAGUAGGAAGUAUUAUCGGAUCAGGAAUAUUUGUAAGCCCGAAAGGGGUCUCAAAAGGUACCGGAAGCGUUGGCCUAUCUCUCGUGGUAUGGAUCACUUCAGGAGUUUUUUCGAUGGUUGGAGCCUAUUGCUAUGCCGAGCUGGGCUGUAUGAUUACAAAAACAGGAGCUGAUUAUGCAUAUAUCAUGGAAUCGUUUGGCCCAUUUGUCGCCUUUUUACGUUUAUGGGUCGAAUGCAUGAUUGUCCGUCCAUGCUCUCAAGCAAUAGUUGCAUUGACCUUUUCCUUUUAUGUUUUGCGACCCAUUUAUCCGGACUGUGAACCACCUGAUACAGCUAUUCGUUUUUUGGCCUGUUUAUGUAUCUGUUUGCUUACGUUCGUAAAUUGCUGGGAUGUAAAAUGGGCAACAAGAGUUCAAGAUUUGUUUACAUAUGGGAAGUUGAUAGCCCUUAUUGUUAUCAUCACUACAGGCUUCAUAGAAUUAUUUAAGGGCAAAACAGAAUACUUUAACUUUGAUAAUUCAGAAACGGAUAUAACGAAGAUAGCGUUAUCGUUCUAUUCUGGGUUAUUUGCGUAUAAUGGUUGGAAUUACUUGAACUUUGUGAUUGAAGAAUUAAAAGAUCCACAUAGAAAUCUACCUCGAGCGAUAUUUAUUUCUUGCGUUUUGGUUACUGUUGUAUACACACUAACUAUUAUGGCGUUCCACACUACUUUGUCUAUUCAGGAAGUUAUGGGUGCCGAAGCUGUAGCUGUGAUAUACGCUGACCGACUUUUUGGGAAUUUUGCGUGGGUUGUGCCAAUUUUUGUAGCUUUGUCUACGUUUGGUGGUGUCAAUGGAAUCCUCUUCACUUCUUCCAGAUUGUUUUAUGCUGGAGCAGAACAAGGACAAAUGCCUGAAAUCCUAAAUAUGAUUCAAAUAGAUCAUUUAACACCAACACCAGCUGUGAUGUUCGUGGCAUUCCUCUCACUAAUAUAUUUGUGUUCGAAAGAUAUAUACGCUUUAAUCAACUAUGUAGGAUUCGCAACAUGGCUGGCAAUAGGUAUUGCAGUUGUUUGUUUACCUUAUUUACGUUGGAAACAGCCUGAUCUGCCAAGGCCAAUAAAAGUGAACUUGUUCUUCCCUAUUAUUUACAUACUAGCAACAAUUUUUAUUACUAUUGUACCUAUGAUCGCUGAACCUGUUGAGACAGGAUUUGGAGCAUUGAUUAUAGCAACUGGUGUUCCUGUUUAUUUUAUCUUUGUUUAUUGGGAGAACAAACCACGAUGUGUUCAAAACGCAAUACAUUCAUUCACACGAACUCUUCAGAAGCUAUUAGUAGUUGUCGCAGCUGAUAAGAAAACUGACGUGUGAAGAUACUUAAUCCGAAGAGUUGGUCUCAAACUCAUUCUGUUCCUGCGCUUUUGGUGUUUGUUUUAUUAAUGAGUGUGCCAAAUAAAAUGAACUGUCUAAGAUCUGAGUGUAAUGCACUUUUAAGGAGUGUUGGACAAUAGAAAACAUUACAUAGUGUUUCUGUUUUGUAAUUUAAAUAUCAUGAAUGUGAUAGGCCUACACUCAACUUGAGAAGAGAUAUUCUUUAUGGUCUUAGCACAGUUGUUGAUGGUAUUUCUAAUUAUCGAUUUAUUAAACCACAGAGUCACUUUUGAGAUGAUCAUAUCAUAAAUCAUUAAGUUGAUCAUAAUUUAGUAACACAAAUCAUUGCCGUGAACGGUUCGUCUUCAACAUAAUUUACAACAUAAUUUUUUAUCGUUAUACAUUGCGUUAAUAAAUUUCACAAGUUGAAUAUAUUUUUUGUUGUAAACUAAAAGCGAAAACUUGACCAAUGACUUUAUGGACUUGUCCAAUAUUUCUUUUAUCUGAUAAUAAAAAUUAAAAAACAUCUAGCAUUUUUAAGCAGUAAAUAUAAGUAAGAGUAAUAUUUUUACAGAGCUUAUUGAAAACUAGCAGUUUUUUUUUCAGAAUGCUUUACUGAAUUUUUUUUUUAACUUAGGUACCUAUUCCAUCUUGACUUCAUGGUUUUGUUAUUAAUCUACUUUAAAAUGUAAUCAUUAUCGAAUAUUAAGCAAAAACAUUUGCCUCAUAAAAUUUUUAGUUAAGAUUCUACACUUAAGAUGUUUGCUAAUUAAAUCGGUUAAAACACUGAAUAAUUCAAAAUAGUAAGAUUGAAUACCUUCAGUGGUAAUUUCGCUGAAUAUACUUUGUCAAAAGGUUUCAAGAUUUGCUUAAUUGAUUGGAGAAUUAGUUUUGGUAUGCAACAAAAUCUCUGAAAAAUAAAAUUUACGAAAUUAAAAAAUAUAUUUUGUUUUCGUUUAUAACUUACUGUUACAGAUAGACUGUGCAUAGUAUAAUUUUAAAUUAUCAGACUGAUUUUCUUGUCUUGCAAGAAUUCAUUUAAGAAUUUAGUUUUGUUUUUAAAACUUAUGAAUUUUUUUUAAUUAAGAGGCAUCUUGCAAAAACAUUGAGUAUUCUGUGGUUUAAUAAUUUCCAAGCUAUUUCAUUAGAAUGAGUCAUUUUCACAAUUGCUAUAAUGUCUUGAACAAGUUUAAUGCAUUUUAAAUUGAACUAAGUACAAGGCUUUGCUCCAUUAUUUUAGCAGAGCUGGUCACAAGUUCUAAAGAAUGUGUUAUAACUGGUUUUAGGACAUAUUUAUGGUAGUACAUGUGCUCACUCAUUAUUAUGUUAUGUCGUUUCAUUGUUUAUUUGUGAUUUCAUUACAUAUCUAGAGUAAUGUAUUUGGUCAUUAUAAAAUAUUUUCAGUAUCGAAUUUUAUUUUAGAAAUAUUUAACUUAUUUUAAUUAAUGUUGAACAUGAAAUCAUACACAUUAUUGAAGUUUCUGUUGUUUACCUAUUUGUUUGUGUUUAUACUAAAUUAAAAUAUUUGACUAAUUUCUUGAAUUUUAUUUUUGAAAAUUUUUGACUGCCAAAAAGAAAUUUAAAUUUUUGUCAUUGUUUGUUUUUUUGUUGCUGACUAUUUUGUAAAAAUUUUUCAUAUGAUUUUUUAAAGUUUUAUGACGCAAUUGGUGUGAAAAAUAUUUUGCUAGAGAAAUAAAACAAUUAAUAGGAAUUUCAAGUUUUAGCUGGAAAUAGUGUUAAAUUUAGAAAUGUAUAGCAAAUUUAAUGAACAGUUUAAAAGUUAUACUACAGAAAAAAUAAUUCGAAAUUUUUCUUUCGGCGAAUUUUUUUGAAUGUUAUAAUUUAAAAUAUUUGUACUAAUAUUUUUCAAAAUCAGAUGCGAUUUAUAUAAUAUUUUUAAAAUGAAAAUUUUAAUUUCAAUUUUUAGUUUAUGAAUCAAUUUUUUCAACACUUUUUCCCAAUUCAUAGGAUUGUAUCCUGGAAUAUGCUGUAAUCUGUAAUAAAGAAAGAGACAUUCAGUUUUUGACAUUUUUUUUCAAUUUCACAAAUACUUGCAGUAUUUUGUAACUUUAUAGGUGUCUCAAUGAUGCCAUUUUUCAUACUUAUAAAUAAAGUUUAAGUCUUUCAGAGGUUUGAAAGACCGAAAAUACAUUAAGAACGAAAACAAGUAUUUUUAACACCCUUUACCAGAAAAUAUAGCAAGCUUGCAACUUGUAUUGACUACUUUGGUUGUUAUUUAUGAUAAUUGUUAAUUAAAUAAUUAAAGUUAUAGUAAAAAUCAUAGGACAAAAAAGCUAGAUUUUUUUUAUAAAAAUGUCCAUAUCUCCAUAAAUAUUUAUGCUAAGUUGACGAAACUCCAUGCAAUUAUUCCAAGGAAAAAAAAAAUUAUGCAAGUUGCAAAUUAGUGCAGUGUUUUAUGUUAUAGGGUGUUCAAAACACUUGUUUUCGUUUGUAGUUUAUUUCUGACCUCACAAACCUCUGAAAGCUUUAAGAUUUAUUGAUAAGUCAGAAAUCGCAUGAUCUUUAGAUCACCUCUAAGUUAUUCAAUAAUUAUGUAAGUAUUUUUUGAGAAAUUUAAAAAAAUAUGUCAAAAACUGAAAGUGUGUUAAUUAUUGUAGGGUAGUGUAUCAUGUUAGAUAAUGAAACAAUAAAUUGAUCAAAAAAUAUUUUUAUUUUUUAAGUUUUUGGGCACUUUUUCUUGUUUUUAUGAGUAUAUCUAAAAUAAUUAUUUCCUUUUGAGCUGUCUUGCUUUUAUUCUGGUCAAAUAUUCAUGUCUUGUAAAUGUAAAUAUGCAAUACUUGUUCAAAUUUAAUAUGGUACUAGUUACUUUGGUUACAAUCAGGAAUGUAAAAUGUUGAAAUGUUUGCAUGUUUGACAUAUAAUGCUCAUAUGUGUACUUUGUUUAAAAUGACAUGCAGUCUUUUGGAGGUGCUUUAUUUAAAAGAAAUUUUUUUUGAUUGUUUUGAUAUGUUUAUAGAAUCUCUGUUGCCAUUUUCAUGUUGGUGCUACGUAUUCGUCUUCUGGAGUCUAUGACAUUCAAAUUUGCAUUUAUAAAUUAAAAUUUGACUGUAACAUGUAUUUUUUACAGUCGCAUCCAUGCAAAAGUCAGUUGUGAGCAGUAUUGCACUUGGAAAAUUGUUCACAAUAAUUUCUUUAAAAAGUUACUUUUUAAAUUGUAUAGAUUAAUUAAAUAAAAAUGCAUUUUUCAAACUACUUCAACAGUAAGCUAUUGAUUUAAAUAAUGUUGCAGUAAUUGUUUUUCUCCAUCAAUACUGUUUACUUGCUCUAUUGACUGUUUUACUCAACCAUUUCUGCAGAAAGUUGUUGAUUUAACUGAUGUUGCCCAUUGCAAACAUUGUGUAGGCAACUUCUUAUGAAAGUUGUUGAUUUAAUUGAUUAUUCAAAUUGCAAACAGAGUUAUACAUCAGAUUCUAAAGAGAGUAGUUGAAAUAAAUAAUGAUGCAAAUUGUAAAACAUGUUAGCUUUUGAUGAAAGUUGUUGAUUUAAUUAAUUAUUCAAAUUGCAAACGGAGUUAUACAUCAGAUUCUAAAGAGAGUAGUUGAUAUAAAUAAUGAUGCAAAUUGUAAAACAUGUUAGCUUCUGAUGAAAGUUGUUGAUUUAAUUAAUUAUUCAAAUUGCAAACGGAGUUAUACAUCAGAUUCUAAAGAGUAGUUGAUAUAAAUAAUGAUGCAAAUUGUAAAUUAUGUUAGCUUCUGAUGAAAGUUGUUGAUUUAAUUGAUUAUUCAAAUUGCAAACUGAGUUAUAUAAGAUAUUGUGAUGUAACUGAUUUAAAUGUUAGAUCUGAUUAAUUAUGCUGUUUAGAGACCUAUAUUUGGUGUAGAUUUAAAGCUAUGCUUUAAAAUCUAUAAUUUGCUUGCAAACUUACCAAUGAAAUGGCUGCAUGUCAGUUAAGUUUUUCUUAUCAGUCAAAAAAUACUUGACUGUAAAUGUUAUUGAUAAAUGAGUAUCAGCUUCAAGUGCAAUCAGUUCUGCGUAAUGAUAUGUAUGUAAUAAUGUGCAAUUUAAGUAGUGUGUACAUUGUACAAAUAUAAACUUUGUUUUUGCCUACAUCUACAUGUUUUGUACUCUUAAACUUAAUAUAUAGCAAUCCAAAACACCAGACUUUGAAGCCAUUUUUAAUGUACAUUUUGAAUAAUUUAUUUAAGUAUUUGAGAUAAAUAAUUUCCUUCAUAACUGUAUAUUAAUUGGACUUUAGAUUCACAGAUUUAAUUAAUACAAUUUAUUAGUAAAUGCAAUGGGUACAAAAAUGUUUCAAAUCAAAGUUAUUCUUUUUUAAGGAUUUAAAGAUAAAUAUUUUUUAUUAAAUAAGAACCAAAUGUAAUUUUUUUGUUAUUUUUUUAAAUAAAAUUGAGGAAUGACAUAACUACAAAAACUCUUCCAUUAACUCAAAUGUUCAUAUUAUGAGAAUUUUUUAUCUGAUAAUCAAUUUGUGAUCUUUGUGAAGUUUAUAGAUUUAAUUGAAGUCAAGCGUAUUGUGCCUUUUAAUUAUGGAAGAGAAGUAUAACUUUUAUACAAUAUAUUGAGAAAUAUUGUAAACGAUAUUGCUGCAUAAUUUUCAAAAUCCAAAACCUACCAAAAAACUAACCAAGGUUUACCCAUUUUUCGUAGUACCUUAGUGGAUUUGAAGGAAAUAAGUUCGAUAAAAACUAAAAAUGCGUUAAAAUUAAAUUUCGGAAAUAUAACCCAAAUUUACAAAUAUGUUCUGAAUUUGUCUUGGGUAACAUCGCUAUUGUGGUGUUUGCCAACAAAACGCCUAAAUUGCAAGAUGAGAUUUUUCUAUUAAGUUAGUUUGGAAACAUUUAAAGGUCAAAGUUUGUUUUAUGUAAUUGAGCAAUAAAACAGAGCAAUAAAGCAGAAUAAAUCCAAUGUAAUGUUUUCUGAAGUUUGGAAAAAUUUGGUAUCAAAAAGUUAAAAAAAAGUUAAUAGAAUGCACAUAAAUCUUGAAAAGUACAGAAAAUGCAAUACAUCUAAGUUGUUUUAAAAAUAUAUAUAAGUUAACGUCAAAGUGGCUUCUUAAUGAUAUCUAAAUAAAAGCUUUUAAUGUUUCAUACUCCAUUUCAAACGCACCAAUUCUCUAAAUGAAGUUUAUGAAAAUAAUAAAGAAGGAUGAUCCAAUAUCGUAACACUUUUCACCAGUUUUAAGUAUCAAAAAUGACGUCAGAAAAAAUGUGUCUUUGACGCCUGUAAUACCCAGUUAUCAAUAUCGAAACCUGUCGGUAAUCGAAAUCAUUGGCUAAAAUACUUUACGCCAAUUUUCGCCAACAGGGCAGAAAAAUUGUAGCAGACGCAUGGACGUAAUACUUUACUUUGAUAUACUUUUUUCUGCUGAGACUUGCUACCUGCAAGAAGUAGACUGUAACAGUAUUGCAUCAAGCGUCAUAUUUUGCCAAUGAAAGAUGAUUUUUGGAGUUUGGCGUAUGGACUUACUGUGAAGUCCUUUCUGUAUUUUCCGUCAUUUUAACGUUUCUUGAACCUUAUGUUGUACCUUGGAGAGCAACACCCUCUAGAACAAAGGUCUCCGCAAGGAUCAAUUUUGUAGUCCGAUGUAACGAACAUAAAGUGAGCUGUAGGGAAAAAAGAUGUCCUAACUACAAAGCUGUGCAAUGGGGAUAAAAUAAAAAUGACACAACGUUCCGAUUACUAAAGGAUCGGAUUUCUAGUUUAUGGUAACCCAUGCGAAGGCUUUCGGUUUUUUAUGAGGUUUGGGUUUAGGGCAAUAAUUCGAUUUGGUAUAAAAAAAUAUAACUACGCAAUAAGUUUUAAAUUUGAGUUACUUUAUGAGUUUUUAUUUAAAGAUGUUACGAGGGUUUGAAGUUUAAAAGAGGGAGAUAAUUUAAAUAUCAACUUUCACAUUGUUUUCAAGCCAUUUGAGUAUUUUUAUUUGCUCGAAUAUUUGAGGUAAAUACAAAUGCACUUUAUUAGCUUCAUAUUUCCUCUAAGUGUUAGUGAGUGGCACAUAUUGAGCCUUUUAGAUUGAACAAUGAGCUUGACACCUUAUUAAAAUUAAUUUAUUUUGGUUAGAAAUUAGAUUUACUAUUAAAACUUUUCCACAUAAUCAAACCUUAUUAUGCAGCUGUUUGUUUACAAAAGACUAAGUUUAUAUAAAUGUGAAACACUAUUUUUAUUGUGAUUUCUUAGGAUUUUAUCUCGGUCCAUAAGUAAGAGAUAAGCAAUAUGGUGAUAUUUGAGUGUUAAUAGUGUAUAUAUUUUUAGAAACAAGGAUGAAAAAUUAUUUGUAGCAAAUUAGGAAAUUUUUGAUCGCAUACUUCCAAAGUUGGUGUCAAAAUUGUCACUUGUGUUAAAAUGAUGAAUAUUUGUGAUAGAUUUCAUGAAAUUACAAGUGUUUAAAAAUUUUGUUUUUUAGUAAACUAUGAAAUGUAAAUUAGGAAGCGCAAUUGUAUUGUGAAAUAUCUUACUAAUAUAGCAUGUUUAGACAUGUCAUUCAAUUAUUUGUAUAACUAUGAAUUUAGUUUAAUUCUCGUUUUUGUACUGGAUUUUACUGCACUUCUUUGUAGAUGAGAAACUUUUGAAAUAUUUCGGAAAAAUAGACUUUCUAUAAUAAGUCUUUAAAUAUUUUAGAUAUGUUUCUGGCAACGAUUCAUAUAAUCCCAAAUUUAAUAAUAUUUAUAAAGGAACAUAAUACAAGAAGAAUCGGAAAUUUUAGAAGGAAUAAUAAUACACAAUUUAAAAAAUAAAUAAAUAUUAGUAUGAAAAUAUAAACGGGAAUUUGGAUAAAUAUAUAAUUUUGUUGAAUAUAUUUCCUCACUCUUUAUACAAAAUAUGAACCACAAGAAUACUUAGUUUUCUAUUUUUUAUUAAAUUUAAAUAAAAACAAUAAUUUGUACAACCUAUAGGUCAAAAAUGUAUCUCAAUCGUUUUAUACGAUUCAAGGAUAAUUUAAUUUCAAGGAAUUUUCAUUUAGACACUGCUAUUUUCAGUAGCAGGGAGCUCCUUAAAUGGGCUGUUAUUGACUGAUAUAGCCCUCAUUUUUUAUUACAAAAAAUAUGUAUUUAAUUAUGCCUACUUUUUUUAAAAUUGCUAUAAUGUAUAUAAAGGAGUUAUUGGAAUUCAUAUUUGUCUUUUUUACGUUACUUUUUAAAAUUCAGUUUUAUGCAUUUUAUAGUUUUAAUCUGUGUACAGAAAAGUUAUAAAUAGAAAUAUAUGCAUAUCAAAUUAAUCAAAUUUGAAAAGUUUUUUAAAUUAAAUCACUAAAAUUUUGUGAAUUCAGCAAUUGAAUAUAAUAUAUACUUAUAUGAUUGUAUAUCAGAACUAAUUUUUUAAUCAAUAAAUCGCUGAAGAAAGUUGAAGCAGUUGAUUUUAUAUUAAAAAUUAAAUGCAUAGGAAUAUGGCUUAUGACAGGGUUUUCAUAAGUAAAAAAUUUUUUUUUAGAUAAAUCACAAACUCAGGUAUUUGCUUUGUAUGUAAAAUAUGUUUCGAAAUUUCAUGUAUCAAUUAUUCAGAAAUUUUUGAUUACGCAAAUCUUGAAUUGUCUUCCUCUUAUUGGUAAAGUCUUGUAAAAUUAUAAUUAUAGGAAUGCUCUUCUUCAUCCCGUUUGUUUAAAAGGUUUUACAUACGAGGAUUAUCCAGAAAGUAAAUUUCCCACAUCCCAUAAAAGAAGAAAAUAUAAAUACGUGGAAAGUUUUAUUGCAAUAUUUCAGCAACUCAGCAUAAAAACCAAUGGAAUCGCAACGAUUAUCAUACCAAGGAAUAACUUUCGUAGCUCAAUAUUCUAGAAGUUUGCAGCCUAGGAAUGGAGGCAGUGUGUCAUUAAAGCUGUGAAUACGUCUUUGUAUGCGGUAUCAAGAUUGGGAUUAUGAGGUGGCUGGACAACCACCUUGAUUGAAGUGAUAUUUCUGCUGCAGAUUGUACGUAGAACUAGUCACACGUGACAGAGCGUUGUAAGGGAACAGCACAUCUGUUUUAGCACCUAGUUACACCUUUGCUACUUGUUCUUGCAACUGACGGAUUUCCUGUCAGAACAUAACUUUCGAACAUACAAAAAUAUACCGUCAACCGUGUUACCCUGGUUCCAUUCCCAGAAGACAGACUUCUGUUUGGCAACAAAAGCUUAUGCCACAGUGGGACAAGUGUUUUGAUUAUUUAGUUGAGAACUAGCUGAACUAUUGCUAUAUCAUUUUCAAUAAAUCUUUCAAGGUAAUUGCGCUUUUUUUAUGAGUCAGGGGAAAAUUAUUUUUCGUAUGACCCUCGUACUUCGAAUAUUGUGAUAAAGUAACAAUUUAAGAAACAUGUUUUUGCACUAGCUUUAAAUUGUGUAUUAACUUUUUGUCGGUUGUGUGAAAUGUCAAAUUUAAUCAUUCUGUUAAAAAAUUUCACUAUCUUGGAUAUUAUAAGAAUUAAGAUAUUGUAGUCAUUCCAUUUGAUAAUUUGUAGAUAUUGUUAUAUAUAAGUUAUAUUGUUGUUUGUAUUAUGAAUUUUUAUGUGUGCAACUAUCUGUUGUUACUUCAUUUCGAUGUUAUUCUAAGAAAACUCGACGUAUUUGAAUUUUGUGCUUCAUGUUAAUCUACUUUAAAAUCGUAGAAAGUUGUUAUUUUUUUAUAUUUGUAGUUUUAUAAUCGUUACCUGACAGAAAGACAUCGAUUCAUAAAAUACAAAACAGUCAAAGUUGGCAAAUAAAUUCAUUUAAAGUAUAUAUUUAUUGUUGGUAAUUUGUUAGGUUGAUGUUUGAUGGUAUUGAUACGGACUAGACUGCAGUCUUGUAUUACUAUGCUAUAAUUCUAUGUUAAGAAUUUAAUCAAUCAAAAUUAUAUAAAUGUAUGUGUAUAUUCAUGUAACUUGUGUAUUUCAUCAGUAAAACUUUAAUUCAAUUUGAAGAGGAUUCGUUCCAUAACAUAUGUUAUAGAUGUAUAAAUAUGAAAGGUUGCCUUUAAUAAAUGUUUAAUGUAUA